AGUUUUAGUUUGCGGCAGCCAGUUAAGCGCUUAACAUCACCCAAUCACAUUGUCUAGUGUCUUAUGCACAAGUGCAUUAUUGCCAAUAACUCAACUGAGCAUUUAUGUGAAGGUUCAGCAUAAAAGUGUCUGGUGCAGCAUCGUAAAGAGAAACACAGAGUGCAGAACUUAAUCCUUUUACGGUGUGACUGGAAAAAAAUGCCAACGCAGUAUUAUCAGUGACUCAAACUAUCUGUUCUGUGAGCCAAGCCAGCUUCAGGGAUAAUCUGCUGAGAUAAGAGCACACACAAGCUAAUAAUGGACACCAAGAGGACGGUCAUAUUUUGCAUUAUUGCCUUCAUCGGCCUGGCAAUGAUUUCAACUCCCGCAGACGCUUGCUCUUGUGCACUUGAGCACACACAGACGAAAAUCUGCAAUUCAGAAUUCGCAAUUAUUGCACGUGUCUUGAAGCGCUCCAUUCCACAUGCAAACGGCCCAGUCGUGUACAAAUUGCACAUUUACAAAACCUACAAGAUGAAUGGCAAGGAGCCAAACAAACUGAAAAUGCGAAGGAUUCUCACGACGCCGCCCAUGAGCAGCAUGUGCGGCGUCGAUCUGAAGCCUGGACUGACGUAUGCAAUUGCUGGCAGAGGCACUCAGAUCAAUCUGUGCAGUUACGUGAAGGAGUACAAGAAAAUGACUGUUGUGGAGCGCAGAGGAUUCGCGAGUUCCUACCACAAAGGCUGCUCUUGCCGCAUCCAGCCGUGCUUCAGCAAUGAUUGCCCACCAGCGGAAAAGACCUGCAGCUGGUCUUACUUGUCCGCUUGCGAGUCAGAUUACGGCGUGUGCAUCCCCACAAGAGGAAGCCUAACUCCCGAUGGCGAACCCACAAAGUGCCAUUGGAAGAGGAGUUCUCCGUACAUGAGUUGUAUACUCGCGCCCUAGACUAGGAUUUCAACAACCCUUCACCAAAAUACACCACCACAUAUUUAAAGAGUAUUUAUCAAUGAUUAGUUGCCGAAAUUACUUAUUUGUCUCUAUAUUUUAUGGAAAAGAAACCUAUACGCUGAUAUGUAUGAUAUUUAACACAAUAUGUCGUAAAAUAUUUAUUCUCAACUAAAUGUAUCGAGAUAAAAACAUAGCAAGUAAUAGUACAAAGUGUCAAGUUAAUGAAUUUCUCAUUCUUUAACACAUUUCAUAUAUGAAAUCCUAUGAAUCACACUUACCAAUUCGC